CGCAUGCGUGUUGCUCUCUCAUCUCUCGGGCCUUGCACUAUUGGCUCCUGCAUUCUGUUCCCGCUGGGAGCGGCCAGAGCUCCGGGUCUGGGGGGAUCCCGGGACCUUGUAGGUCUGCGUCACCAUUGCGUGUCAUCCCGUGGUGCGUGACGUAACUGUGUGACGCAAUGUGCUCCAUGUGAGGCGCUUCUGCCUGCUGUUACGUCACUAGUGUGAGCUCUGACAUCACUUGAGGCGACAGCUGAGUGAUGUAAGUGGCAUUUGCAGGGUGUGCGCAGGCUCCAGCCCCUCCCCAGGCCCCCGGGCCGCCAGACAAACAUGGACGCCCCCUGCAAGCUGGAUAACAAGAACACGCUGAAGAAGACCAAGUUCGACCUGCGGAUCAUCCAGUCGUACCUGCUGAAGGCCGGCGAGGCGCGGGAGCUGCUCAAGAUCCCGGUGGAGCCGCUGGACGACCACCUGGCCAACUUUAUUAGCACUCACCGGAAGCAGGACGGCUCCGAGUACGAGCCCGGAACCCUGCGGGGCAUUCUGGGAAGCCUGGACCGCCACUUUGAGAAAUCCAACUACCCCUACGCCAUCUACCGCUCCCGAGAUACCAAGUUCCGUAAGACGGUGAAGGCCAUGAAGGAGAAACAGAGUUACCUGAAGAAGAUGGGGAAAGGGAACCACCCGCACCACACGGAGCCCCUGACGGAGCGAGAGAUCGAGCUGCUAUACACCUCCGGCACCAUCGGCAUGCACAGCCCCGCCGCCCUCCUACACAUGCUCUUCUUCAACAUCGGCCUCCACUUCAGCCUCCGCGCCAUGGAGCAGCACAGCCUCAUGUGGGGGGAAAUCGUCCUCAAAGCCGACUCCCAGGGCAGGAAAUACCUGGAAUACACCAAGAAGCUUUUCUCCGGCAGGAAUUCUGGGAAGCUGCACCCGUCGGAGACCAUGAAGAUGCAGAUCUACGAGAGCCCGGAGCAGCCGGACCGCGACGUCGUCAGGGCCUACGAGAAGUACGCGCUGGAGAGGCCGGAGAAGAUGAAGCGCAAGGAAGCCCCCUUCUAUCUGACCCCCCAGUCCGACUGCCGGCCGGGCUACGCCUGCUGGUAUAAGAGCCUUCCCAUGGGGGAGAACAGGAUCCGGAGCAUCAUGAAGAACCUCAAAGCCGCGGCAAAGUUACCCCCUCAGAAGAGAGUCAUGAGUCACAUUUCUUUGAAGUCCCUGAGGGCCAAGAGUCUGGAUCUCGCUGGGCCGAGACUCAAGGAUGUGAAGAAUGAACCGGCCAACUCGCCUGUGAAUGGGGGCCCCCCGGGAAAUACUGGGGACUCGUCGGAUCCGGAGAGUGAACACAAGCAGAGGAAGGGCAGUAGCCGGGGCAGCCGGGUUCCUAUAGCUCGGGCCUUCUCCUCCCCAGGUAGCCCUCGCUGCACUCUCUCCAGCCACAAGGCCAAGCGGGGGAAAGACGACUGGGAACUUAAUCUGGAAAAUUCCCUGAAUCUGGAGGCAGAUUCCGAAGAAAACAGCCUUUUCCCCCAGCAGGUGUCGGUUACGUUCCACGACGUGGCUGCCUGCUUCUCGGCGAAGGAAUGGGCUCGGCUAGAGGACUGGCAAAAGGAACUGUACCGGAACGUUAUUCGGGAGAUCCACGCCACUCUGGAGGCCAUGGGUUGCACCAUUGCCAAUUCGGACGUGCUGCUGAAGAUUAAAGAAGACGACGCCGGCGGCAGCAGGAAGGACAGUGACAAGACCGACACCGGCACAGCACCCAGCGGCACCUUCAGCCCCGACAUCCUCCUGAGAAUCAAGCAGGACGAGCUGCCCGACUGGAGGGACGUGGAUGUGGCUGUGAAGGAGGAGGAGCUUGAUACGUCCAACUCCAGCAUCCCAGUGUUUGACCCCGACCUCUCCAUGUGGAUCUUUAAGGAAGCGCCAGAAUUGUGCCCAUCGGAAAAUGCCAGUGACCAAGUGCUGCCCAGUGAUGCCGAUGAGGAAGGCCACAUCCCACUCGCCAUCCCAGAGCCGGAGAUAUCUGCCCCGUUCCCUUUCCCAGAAGCCCCCCGCCCGGGCAAGAGGAAGAGGCGCCCCCCGCAGAGGCGGAGCAGCGAGCAGAGGCCGGACACAGACGACGAGGAACCCCUAGAUUUCCUGGGGGAACCCCAGCCCCCCCUGCCGUACAGUAACCCCUCCCCGGAGGACAGCACUGAUUGGAUGCCCCACGAGCGCCUGUACCAAUGUGACCUGUGUGAGAGGGGCUUCAGCGACCGCUGCUUCCUGCCCGGUAGGGCCCCCCUGUCCUGCCCUCAGUGUGGGGGCACCCUCAACCCCCUCUAUAGCCAAUCACAAUGCACUAAUGCCCACCUUGCUCAGACUCUGCAGCUGUGCGCCCCCCCGGGGGGUACGGGGCUGUCCCACCCCAUGCAGGGGCCGGUGGGCUGAUCCCAGCUAAGCUCCGCCUACCUUGUAUCCACACUGGAUUAAUUUAUUCAUUGGUCGGUUGUUGCUGCCCAACCCGUGGCGCCGGUUCUGUACAGGAGGGAGAGCCGCUGUGGGCUGCACUAGGAAUAAGCACUGGCUGUAUCGCUAUGGCCUUUCUCUUAGCAACCGGGCUUCAGUGGGGGGGGCUUCCUCUAUAAUAGGGAUUAUCUGCUCACUUCCCAUUGGUCGGUUGUUGCUGCCCAACCCGUGGCGCCGGUUCUGUACAGGAGGGAGAGCCGCUGUGGGCUGCACUAGGAAUAAGCACUGGCUGUAUCGCUAUGGCCUUUCUCUUAGCAACCGGGCUUCAGUGGGGGGGGCUUCCCCUUUAAUAGGGAUUAUCUGCUCACUUCCCAUUGGUCGGUUGUUGCUGCCCAACCCGUGGCGCCGGUUCUGUACAGGAGGGAGAGCCGCUGUGGGCUGCACUAGGAAUAAGCACUGGCUGUAUCGCUAUGGCCUUUCUCUUAGCAACCGGGCUUCAGUGGGGGGGCUUCCUCUAUAAUAGGGAUUAUCUGCUCACUUCCCAUUGGUCGGUUGUUGCUGCCCAACCCGUGGCGCCGGUUCUGUACAGGAGGGAGAGCCGCUGUGGGCUGCACUAGGAAUAAGCACUGGCUGUAUCGCUAUGGCCUUUCUCUUAGCAACCGGGCUUCAGUGGGGGGGGCUUCCUCUAUAAUAGGGAUUAUCUGCUCACUUCCCAUUGGUCGGAGGGCCCCUGUCUGUAAUUGGCUGAGCCCAUGGCACAGCUUGGCAUCACUGGGCACUGCCCCCCCUGCAUCGGGCGAGAGUCGCACAAUUAUCUGUGCCUUAAAUCUUAGUCUUCCCAGAAUAGUGAUGGGCGGAGCCAUAUUGUCCCACUGCAUUAUGGGUGCUGGUGCCAGGGGAAGCUGAGUAUUAAUGGGGCCCCCCCCUCUAUACCCGCAGGCUGUGCCCCGCCCCAGUACUUGCCCUAUGCCUGUUACCCUUACAGGUAUUACUUCCUGUUACGCAGCGCUGCAUGAUGGGAAACCCUCAGUGCCUUACGCACACUCACACUGCAUAUUGGGCACAUUUGGGGUACAGUGGGGUGGGGCUCCCUGCGCAGCCCCCACACACCUACUAUCUGCCCCGGCACCCUAUAGAACUAGCCCCUCAGCGCUUGUACAGGGGGCACGCAGACUGGCGGGGGUGUGGCGUGGGCUCUCUGGUACUCAUGUGCCCCCCCGGGCCGGCUAUAGCGGGUACCCUGACUGCCCUGCGUGCCCCCCAGGCCGGCUAUAGCGGGUACCCUCACUGCCCUGCAUGCCCCCCCUGGCCGGCUAUAGCGGGUACCCUCGCUGUCCUGCGUGACCCCGGGCCGGGUAUAGUGGGUGCCCUGCGUGCCCCCGGGCCGGCUAUAUCAGGUACCCUCGCUGUCCUGCGUGCCCCCUGGCCGGCUAUAGCGGGUACCCUCGCUGUCCUGCGUGACCCCGGGCCGGGUAUAGUGGGUGCCCUCACUGCCCUGCGUGCCCCCGGGCCGGCUAUAUCAGGUACCCUCGCUGCCCUGCGUGCCCCCCAGGCCGGCUAUAGCGGGUACCCUCGCUGUCCUGCGUGCCCCCCUGGGCUGGCUAUAGCGGGUACCCUUGCUGCCCUGCGUGCCCCCCUGGGCUGGCUAUAGCGGGUACCCUCGCUGUCCUGCGUGCCCCCCGGGCCGGCUAUAGCGGGUACCCUCGCUGUCCUGCGUGCCCCCCGGGCCGGCUAUAGCAGGUACCCUCGCUGCCCUGCGUGCCCCUUGGGGUUCAUCAGCGGCUCAUUGGCUAAUACUGAUCACAUGGAGCAGUCACGUGACAGGACAUGGCCAAAGUCCCAAUGAAUUGGUCAAUAGUAUGGGGUGUGUUACCAUAGUUACUGACCAUUCCUAUCCCUGUGCCCUGGGUACAAAGUCUCAAAUGCCCCUGUUGCACUCGUAGUGUUAAUGCCCCAAGCUUUAGGGCAGCAGCGAGGCCUGGGGUGAGUGCCCCCCAAUAAGUGCAAUUGGACCCCCCUCAAUCAUCACAUUUCAGGGUAAAUAAGGGAAUGUGGUGUUGCACUGAGGCGCCAAUCUGUAUCAGAGGGGGCGGGGAAAGCCUGUAAUCGGGCGGGGUCUGAUUUCACUGUGGUCCUGGCGGUUGGCAAAGUAACAGUCACUGUAGGGGUAACAGGUAGUGCCUGGGGUUCUGGGCAGGGGGGGGGCUCUGAGCUGGACCCUAUGACUCACAGGCCCUAUCAGAUGCUCUGUAAUGUAGGGGGUGUGGCCGGAGCAGAAUAUUUACACCCAAUGUACACACCUCUUCCCACCCAUGAGGGGCUGGAUCCACUAGUGGCGCUGGUUGUACCACUGAGCCGUGCCACUGGGGGUGCUACUGAGUGAGGGGGGCUUUUAUAUCUCUUUCUUACAACUUCUGUACUGAGACUUCAGCAAUAAACCUUUUUAAUAACUCCGCC